AUGCCUCUCCCCUUCAUAUUCCACACGAUCCGCAAUGGCCCGCCCCAAUGGGUGACGGUCCACGCGUGGGAGCUGGCCUACACGGCUCUGGCCGUCCCUUCCCUCGUCUUUCUCAAGCUCUUCACGGCGGGCCGGAGCAACAAGUCGGAGCGGCCGCUGCACGGCAAGGUGAUCAUCAUAACGGGCGGCACGACGGGAAUAGGAGCACAGAUAGUGGAUGACCUGGCGGGACGGGGCGCUCAGCUGGUGUUGCUGACGCAGGUGGCGCCCUCGGACCCGUUCUUGGCCGAGUACAUCCAGGACCUGCGCGACAAGCACGACAAUCAGCUCAUCUACGCCGAGCAGGUCAACCUGGCCAGCCUUCACGACAUCCGGCGCUUUGCCACCAAGUGGAUCGACAACGUGCCGCCGCGCCGGCUGGACAUGGUCAUCCUCUGCGCCGCGACGCUCACCCCCCCCGGCGGAGAGCGCAGGCUGACGGACGAGGGCGUCGAGGAGACGUGGAUGGUCAACUACCUGGCCAACUUCCACCUGCUGAGCAUCCUGAGCCCGGCCCUGCGCGCCCAGCCUGUCGACAGAGACGUCCGGAUCCUGGUGGCCACGUGCUCGUCGUACAUCGGGGCCCCGUCGCUGAAGGAUCCGUUCACGGACGAGGACUGGACCCCCACCAAGGCCUACGCGCGCAGCAAGCUGGCCCUCAACGUCUUCGCCAACGCCUACCAGAAGCACCUGGACUCGUACAAGCGUCCCGACGGGCUCCCCAUGAACUCGCGCGUGGUCAUGGUGGACCCGGGCCUGUGCCGCACCCUAGGCAUGCGCCGUUGGCUGACACGGGGCAGCCUCACCGGGCUGGCCGUCUACCUCUCGUUCUACCUGGUCCCUUGGUUCCUGCUCAAGUCCCCUAAGAUGGGGGCCCAGUCCUUCCUGUACGGCGCCAUGGAGGCCAGCCUUGGCCGCGGGCCGGGCGCCAGGCUCAUCAAGGAGUGCCAGCAGGUCGACCCUGCCAGGUCAGAGGUCAGGGACGACAAAGUGGCCAAGAAGCUCUGGGAGGAGAGCGACGCCCUGAUUGAAAAGGUAGAGAAGGCCCAGGCGAAGAAGAGGGCGGCCGCCAAGAAGGCGGCUGCCGCCAAUGCCAGUACGGAUGACGACGACGCUAAGAGCAUCUCCAAGAAAUCGGCAUCUUCCUCAUCUAGGAAGAAGGAUGAGAAGGAGAACAAGGAUGAGAAGGAGAAGAAGGAAGAGAAGGAGAAGAGGGAGGAGAAGGAGAAGAGGGACGAGAAGGAAGAGAAGGAGAAGAGGGAAGUGAAGGAGAAGAAGGAAGAGAAGGAGAAGAGGGAGGAGAAGGAGAAGAAGGAAGAGAAGGAGAAGAAGGAAGAGAAGGAGAAGAGGGAGGAGAAGGAGAAGAAGUAUGAGAAGGAGAAGAAGGAUGAGAAGGAGAAGAAGGAAGAGAAGGAGAAGAAAGACGAGAAGGAAAAGAAGGAAAAGGAGAGCAAGAAGAAGGACAAGGAGAGUAGCAAGUCUAAGAGUGAAAAGGAAAAGUCCAAGCCGUCCAAGAAGAGGAGCAGUAAAAAGUCGGACACGAAGUCAGAUUUAUAG